AGCGCGCGGCCGGGGUGAUGGCGGCGCCGCCCGCCCUGCAGAUCCGCGAGGCCAACGCGCACCUGGCGGCCGUGCACCGGCGGGCGGCCGAGCUCGAGGGGCGCCUGGACGAGGCCGAGCGCACGCUGCGCGCCCAGGCCGAGCGCCUGGCCCGCCACGACCAGCAGCUGCGCGCCAAGGACCGGGAGAUCGCCGCCCUCCAGGAGCAGCUGCUGACCUCGGAGGCCGCCGUGCACAGCCUGCAGGCCGCCGUGCGCCAGCGGGACGAGCUCAUCGGGCAGCUGCAGCCCCGCGCCCAGCUGCUGCAGGACAUGUGUCGCUGCCGGCCACCCUUGGCCGGGCUGCUGGCCGCACUGGUGGAGGCCGAGCGCCUGGGGCCCCUGCCGGCCGCUGACCCUGGGGGCCCUGGGCCGCCCCUGGCCAACAGCAGCAGCCGAGGGGAGGAGGGGGACAGCGAGCAGCUACAGCCUGAGGCCCUGGGGACCACGGUGUGAGCUCCGGGCACGGAUGUCAGAACUUGGAGGCUGCGCUGGGGCUGUCUGGACAUGGUGACCAGCACUUCUCAAACGGGGCGCUCAGA